GUAGAACGUUCAUUGGCAAGCUUAUCGAUAACAUAUAAAUAUCAAGAGGCUUCACGCCUACUACAUUUCGUCACGACCACGAUAUUGUCUCGAGUCUACGGGAGCGCCAUAAUUUCAGAGCAAAUUCCCACGUCCACUAGAUAUAUGCCUCUACGAGAUACACCAAGGAAGCGGACCCAAGAUGGCAAAGACAUAGCACGCCAAGCGUAGCGGCGCAUCAAGCUCACCACACGAGCACCGAGCUGAAAUGGCGGCGACAUCCAGCGCCAAGAGCAACGUCUUCAAGUUCAACGCAAACUUCGGCCAGUAUAUUCUCAAGUACAUUGGCGUUUCUGAUGCUAUUGUCGAGAAAGCUUUCCUGAAGCCCACUGAUACUAAGGUUAUAGCUGUGGAAUAUGACGCUCGUAUGGCCGCUGAGGUGACCAAGCGAGUUCAAGGAACUUCCGAGCAGAAGAAGCUUGAGGUGAUUCUUGGUGAUGCUGGGGACGACAAUGGCAUGCACGUCGACGCUGGUGACACUCCCCACUUCUUCAAGGAGGUGAGAGACUCGGCCGCAGACCAAAACAAAGAGCAAGCAGAAGAAGACAAAGGUGGCUGAACUGAAAGUGCGAUGAGACCGAUUUCCUGCGUCCCCUAUUCGCUUUCCACAAGGAGGGUAUUCACUUGUCAUGAUCUCACGCUGAAGAGUUGGGAUCAGAAUGCUCUACUCAUGAGAUCCAGGGAUGGCAUAUAAAAGCGAUGGCGUUUGGCGUUUUCACGAUAAGAAGCGCAUCUUUCAGG